CUCAAGAGCCCCGACGUGAUGAAGCGGCUGCAGACCAUCGUGCGCACCAACGAGCGGGUGGCGGUUGCACUGGGGCACCCGUACACCGUGCAGCUGGGCCACAUCUACGUCGACCUCCUCAACGUGUACAAGGCGUACUCGGAGCUCAUCAACUCGACCAUCGCCGCCGCCGCCGCGAACACGCACGUGAUGCACACCUCGGGCGUGCGCGCGAUGCGCGCCGUCAAGAAGGAGACGCUGCGCCUGCUGGACACCUUCAUCGAGAAGUCGGAGGACGCCGACCUCGUGCUCACCAAGUUCGUGCCCCCGAUGCUCGACCCCGUGCUCGGCGACUACGUGCGCUCCAUCCCGGCGGCGCGCGACCCCGAGGUGCUCUCGCUCUUUUGCUGCCUCAUCAACAAGCUGCAGUCGGCGAUGACGGCGGAGGUGCCGCGCGUCUUUGAGGCCGUCUUCAAGUCGACGCUCGACAUGAUCACGAAGAACUUCGAGGACUUCCCCGAGCACCGCUCCAACCUCUUCAACCUGCUGCGGGCGAUCAACCACCACUGCUUUCCCGCCCUCCUCCAAGGGGCCGACAACUUCACGCUGAUCAUCGAGUCGAUCAAGUGGGCCUUCAAGCACACGGAGCGGACCGUGGCGGAGACGGGGCUGCACACGCUGCUCGAGCUGCUGCAGAAUGUGCAGGCGUCGACGGUGAUGAACGCCUUUUAUGUCCAGUACUACCUCGGGCUGCUGCAGGACGUGUUUGCCGUGCUGACGGACACGUUGCACAAGCCGGGCUUCAAGCUGCAAGCGAUGAUCCUGGCGCACCUCUUUGUCGCCGUCGAGUCGGGCGCCAUCACCUCGCCGCUUUGGCCGCAGGACGGCUCCGUCGCGGCGACGUCAAACGGCCAGUACGUGCGCGAGCUGCUGCUGCAGAUGUUCACCACCUCGUUUCCAAACCUGACGGCGGGGCAGCUUCAGUCGACGAUCGCGGGC